CGACGCGGCUCACUCAACUUUCACCUCACCAAAAAGCCGUUAGGGUUCCGUUUUAUAUCACAGCAAACCGCCUUACUCUCCACCGGAAGCUAACGGCGAAGUAGAGUCGAUUUUUUUUCUCCCUAAUCGCAUUUCAUCACGAAAUCAACUUAGGUCUAGAAAUGGCGGAGGUGUCGAUGGGAAGCAGCAGUAGCAGCACGGAUCUGUCUCCCGAGGAAGAGCGAGUUUUCAUCAGAGACAUUGCUAUCGCUGCUGAGUCUAACAGCAAAGAAGGCGACACGUUUUACCUCAUCUCUCAGAGAUGGUGGCAAGAAUGGAUUGAGUAUGUUAAUCAAGACCAACCGUGCAACACUAAUGAUGGAUCUUCAGUUUCGGAGCAUUGUGAUUCUGCUGGCUCAACCACUCUGAAGAAGCCUUCUAUGAUUGAUAACUCUGAUUUGAUCUAUGAUUCUGCGUUGGAGGAGCCGAGUAGUGCCGGUGAGAUUAUUGAUACACUUCAGGAAGGCCGUGACUAUGUUUUGCUUCCUCAAGAAGUUUGGAACCAAUUGCAUUCAUGGUAUGGAGGUGGUCCAACACUGGCACGGAGAGUCAUCAGUUCGGGUCUUUCGCAAACAGAGUUGGCGGUGGAGGUAUACCCUUUACGCCUUCAGCUGCUUUUGAUGGCGAAAAGUGACCAGAGUUCAAUAAGAAUAAGCAAAAAGGAAACUAUAAGAGAGCUCCAUCGAAGGGCCUGUGAAAUUUUUGACCUCAACUCAGACCAUGUACGCAUUUGGGAUUACUAUGGCCACCAAAAAUAUUCUUUGAUGAAUGACUUAGAUAAGACACUGGACGAUGCUAACCUACAAAUGGAUCAGGAUAUUUUGGUGGAGAUGCUUGACACGAAUGGUACAUCAUCAAAUGCUCACAUUCAAUCUCUUCAUGAGAACGGAUUGGUUGAAGAAGACUCUACUUCAGUUCUCAUUGAUCCUUCUAAAUCGAGCUUGACAGUUGCAGGAGGUUUCUCUUCAAACAGGAAUGCAUUCAGAAGUGGUAGUGUAGAAGGUUCACAAUCUUUUGAUAGCACAUACACCACUGGUGUCACGACAAGGGGAUCCACUGCUGGCUUGACAGGAUUGCUUAAUCUUGGGAAUACCUGUUUCAUGAAUAGUGCAAUACAGUGCCUGGUUCAUACACCUGAGUUUGCUAGUUACUUCCAAGAUGAUUAUCAUCAAGAGAUAAAUUGGCAAAACCCUCUUGGCAUGGUGGGAGAAUUAGCUCUUGCAUUUGGGGACUUGCUUAGGAAGCUAUGGGCUCCUGGGCGCACUCCAAUUGCACCCCGUCCAUUCAAGGCAAAACUUGCUCGCUUUGCUCCUCAAUUCAGUGGAUACAAUCAACAUGAUUCGCAGGAGCUUUUAGCGUUUUUGUUGGAUGGUCUUCACGAAGACCUAAAUCGUGUUAAACAUAAACCAUAUAUAAAUUCUCGAGACGCAGAUGGUCGCCCUGAUGAAGAAGUUGCUGAUGAGUUUUGGGCUAAUCAUAUUGCUCGUAAUGACUCAAUAAUCGUUGAUGUUUGUCAGGGACAAUAUAAGUCAACAUUAGUAUGUCCAAUCUGCAACAAGGUUUCCGUAACAUUUGAUCCCUUCAUGUACCUAUCUUUGCCGCUUCAGUUCAACACAACAAGAGCAAUAACAGUCACAGUUUUUUCUUGUGAUAAAACUGUCUUGCCUUCGACAAUCACUGUCAAUAUUUCAAAGCAGGGACGGUGCAGAGACUUGAUGCAGGCAUUAACAAAUGCUUGUUCCUUGAAGCAAAGUGAAGAGCUGAAGCUUGCAGAGAUUCGGAAUAAUUUGGUUCAUAGAUUGUUUGAAGAUCCUCUAAUUCCAUUGUCCACAAUCAAAGACGAUGAUCAUCUUGCUGCAUACAAACUUUCAAAGUCUUCAGAGAAUCCAGCAUUGCUCAAAUUAGUUUUCCGCCGCAGGGAACAGAAAGCUGGGGAACGUGAAAAUUCUGUACAACUGAAACCCUAUGGAACACCUCUUCUCUCAUUAGCUUUACGUGAAACUGCUCUCACCAAAGGAAAAAUCCUGUGCAUUGUCGAAAACAUGCUUUCACCUUUUCGGAGGGAAGAACCUAUAAUCGAGAGAGGAAAGCCUGAGGCUAGCAUCCCCGAGAGAAGGUCAGCGCGGCUUAAUAGUUCCGAGGAUGAAGAUAAAAAUGGUGGAUCGAGAAAAGGCAAGAAAGGCAGUUCUUCCGGAGUGAUUGCAUCUAAAUUGUCCCUGCAACUCAACGAUGAAAGCAACAAAACAGUUAAACUGCCAGAGGAUGAAGGGGAAGCUAUUAAAUUACCAUCAUCUGCAACGGUAACCAUAUAUUUGGAUUGGACGCAAGAACUUUCUGGUAUGUACGAUAUAGCUUGCCUGGAGGGUUUGCCUGAAGUACUCAAAUACGGACCUGCUACAAAGAAGGCUCGUUCAGAACCUCUUUCUUUAUACGCAUGUUUGGAAGCGUUUCUACGAGAAGAGCCUUUGGUGCCUGACGAAAUGUGGUUAUGUCCACAAUGCAAUGAAAGAAGGCAGGCAAGCAAAAAGCUUGAUUUGUGGAGGCUACCGGAAGUGUUGGUCAUACAUCUAAAGAGAUUCUCAUACAGCAGAUCAAUGAAGCACAAGCUGGAAACAUUCGUGAACUUCCCAAUCCAUGACUUAGAUUUGACAAAGUAUGUAGCCAACAAAAACAUCUCUCAGCCACAACUCUAUGAGCUCUAUGCUUUGACAAACCAUUACGGUGGUAUGGGAAGCGGACACUACACCGCAUAUAUCAAGCUUUUGGAGGAGAAUAGGUGGUAUAAUUUUGAUGACAGUCAUAUAUCACAUAUAAACGAGGAUGAUGUGAAGUCAGGUGCUGCUUAUGUGCUCUUCUACAGGAGAAAGUCCGAUGAUGCAGGUGGAAACACCUAAUAUUCCCCAGAUUUGGAACAUAAUUUAAGUAUCUUGUUAGUUUAGUAUAAUCCAUGAAAGACAAUUUUUUUCUUGAGACAUUUGUACUUUUAAUCAUGUUAAAUAUUUAAACCUAGUUUGAUAUUAUUAAUAACCGGCUACUAAAUGAAGAAAAAUGUCACA